AAAAUAACGAAACUCAACGACAGUGAGCCAAUUCCCGCUCCCCCUCCCCCACCUGCCGAAGAUCCUGACCUAGGUGACGAUCUGCUUCGCAAGGUGAAGGAACGUCGCCGAAAGUUCACCAUCCCGGGGGGUGGCGAUAGUGAUUACGACAGCAGCAGUGCCCCGAACAGUGUCCCGACAACGCCGAUCGCCGGUCGGAAGCCACUUCCGAGACACAUAGAGGCGGAGUUCGCCGAGUUUGCGGAAAUUCGUAAACGCCAGCAGCAGGAGGAGGAGGAGCUUCAAGAGAAGCAAACGAUUCGUGCUUCGAUCGCCGACGAUAUGCGGCAGCAGCAACGAAAGGCCGUUGAAAACCAUCAGCGCGGUUCGCGCCAGAACAUAAAUCAAACGGAAAGCGCCAACCAGAGGCAACCAACAACAUCAGCCGGGCAGCCAUCAUCCUCUGCAUCCUGCAUCCCCGCUGCCAGUGCUGCCAGUGGGUUUACGCCGAACGAACAAAACUGCGGAGAGACCAUCAAAGUGAGUUCGUUAGUUGAAGUUCAUCAACAAAAGCAGCGGGAAUUACUGCGACAGGACAGUUACAAAUCCGCGGUGAAAAGUUCCACUGGUUCGGCGCAAAACAUUGUCCUCGCCGAAACGGACCCGGAUAUCGCUCCGAUCAGUGUCAGUGCCAAGUGUCAAGAGUUUGAACGGAGGCUUCAGCGCAGCACCAGUAGCGAUGGUCGCAUACCAAUCAAGCAGAACGCAACAACCGCCACCAAAACCAGUGUUGCCAGCGCCAGCAAUGGCGGUUCGACAGCAUCCAUUAGCAGUCAUCGCAUUGAAUCCCAGCAGCAGCAGUCGCCGUUCAAGAUUGCGCCUAAAUUUAAGGCUCGAGCCGCAGGAUCAGGCGUUUGGUCACCCCACAACCGCUCCACGGAAAUACUCACCAAAGCGGAACUAGCCGAGCGCAGCAAAGACAACAGCGGCAAACCAUCGGAGCCGCUGCAACCCGUUUGGACGCCCCGUAGCGCCCCACCGUCCCCGGUUAGCGAGCGACGUGAGUUCCGCCCGAUUGGAUACGAAUCUCCCACACCCCAGCGCAAGAAUAUCAUCUCCUCCACUCCGACAACCCGUGCCGAAACACCACAAGUGGCCCCACCCUGGACCACAUCGACGGGUUACGACAAACCGGCCGAAAGCACCAGCACAACCGGAAACCGACCGCUCCAGAACUCCAGCUCACUGCCCACGAUUGGGUCACGGGACACUGGUUGCACCACGCCAACCCACUCGGUCCGGUUUGCGCCCCAAUCCCGACAAGCGGCGGCAAGUCCGACUAUUAAUACUUUGCUGAAAUCGAAGGAUGGCAAAGUAAGCCAGCAGGUGGGCACAUUCGAGUCGUGUGCCAGCCAGUCCAAUGUCUACCAGACGUCAAGCAGAACGACCAGCAGCGUGGCGAGCCAGUACCAAAGAAGCAGCAGCGGAACGCGACUCGGAACGAGGGCAAAUGAAAUAAGUCAGCCCCCCAAAGCCGAGUACCUCAGCGAACCGGAAGGAAGCAUCCCGCGACGCACCGCACCGCAGAUGGCACAUCUAUCACCCAAAAAGGUCGAAGGUAUCGGUCCUACGACCAGGGAGGGCAUGCCGUUGACUCUGAGAUCUGAAGUGGAUGAAAACAACCAAGCGAAGUGGUACAAAAAGAUGUACCAAACACUGCACAAAGCACGCGAUGAUGAUGACUUCGUGACCGUACGAUACAAAACGCGCCGAGGAAACUACCCGUACAAAUCAAGCGGAUACCAGUCCGAGCCAGAACCGAACUACGACUCCGACUACACGAUCAAGUACAGCACGCUCGAUCGGAGGCGAACGCCAACGGCGCUGAAUCCCAACAGUUACUCCAGAUUCAAUACUCUACAAGGAUCGGCCGUCAAGUCCGGCCCGGGCCAAUAUCGGAACCAACCAGGUCGAAUCGAGAACUACGUGCCGGGCCACUCGUCCAUCUCCGAGAAGGAAUCGAAAGAGUGGUGGGACGAAGUAAUGGAGAUAUUCAACGGGUGGUUAGAUGAGCAUUCCUCUGUGCCCCUUUUCUGCAUUGUGUUCGCUCGUGAGGUGCAAAAGUUUCAAUUGGAGCAGCAAAAACUGAGCACCAGCAAAACGUACACGGAGGGAAAUUUGUCCAGAGCCCUCAAAGAGCAAGGCUACGAUAGUGACACGACCUUGAUUUUCCGCAAAAAAGAGCCACCUACCAGCGCGGCCCUCAGCCCCAUCGAGCAAAAGCAUUACUACAAAAAUAUGCAGGCGGGAGGGGAAAUACCCGUCCAAGGAUUUCGCAAGCCGGCCCCGGAAAAGCCCAAAGAUGACAGCAGCGAGUUGCAUGUUCAGAUCCAGGAAACGGUGCAGGAGUUGCUCCCAACGCGGGCAACAAAUCCGUUUCUGGUGCCCCCACGGGAAAUCACCUGCUAUCCGAUAACAAACAUUUCUCGUCCGUUGGAUAUGUUUGGACCGUUCCCGAAGGAGAUGAAAUGUUUCGUACCGGUUGCACCACCUGCACCACCGAAUCGCAAGUCCUCCCGUAGCAAUUCGACUUUGCGAAUUAUGUCCCAGAUCAAGACCAAGAACUACGACAAGAAAACUGUUGUGGAGACUAGCAGCAACAGCGUCUCGGGAACGAAGACACUCCGCAAGGUUGAUCAGUACAGAUCGAAAUCCGCAGGGCCGGUGUUCGCCACCUCGUAUAUUGCAUCAUCCCUCAAAGAGGAGAAAAAUCUGGAGAACAGUACCCGUGUAGCGAAGCGUUACACUUACCGGGCCAGUUCCAGUAGCCCCAUCCGGAAGUCAAGUCCCAGUCCGGUUGCUUUCGGUAGAGGAAUAUCCAAGGAACGAACAUUUGCAGAGGAGAAAAAACGUCUCGAGAAGAAACUGCCGAAUGUAUAUCGGAAAGAUGUCACCGUUUCUACGAGUAUUCUGCGCAACCCCGAUUUAAAGUCACCGAAUGAAGUGAAGAAAGCUCUCCGCAGCUCGUACCUCCCGAUGGUCAUUGACAGGCAGGAUAAAUUUUCCACCGCCUCGAAGAGCCUCCGUCGUAUUUCUUCCAAUUUCAAAAGCGCCUCCAGCAUCUACUCCUCCAAGCAAAGUCUCGGUAAAGCCAGUACUUCAUCAACCACUGGCAAAAAAGAGGACAAAGCCCUCAAAGUGACCGUCGCUAUAUCGUCCCGCGGGAAAGAACUUGUCCGCGCAUCUGCCACCCAAAAACCCCAGAAACCCAAAGGGAAACCAUCGCCCACCAUUACCAUCAAAUCCAACAUUCAGAAAGUCACCAAAAGCCUCGGAUUGAAAUGUAAAACUCCGUCCACCCAAAGCCUAGCUCGCACAAGCUCUACUUUCUCAAUCGAUUCGACAAAUUCUAAGCGCAAAUCACGUGCCUCGUUUAUCCCCGCAACGAUCACCUCGAAGAAACCAUCCACUUCCGCGAUUAGCACACGCAAAGAAACAAUCAAACACAGCCGGAAACCCAGAGCAACCGAAACGCCGGCACUCGUCGAGCGCUACAAUGAGCGCAUUGUCCACCAGCAGGGUGGUCUCGUCCGGACGAAUUCUUUUUUCCAGAAUCUAUUCCUGAGGAAGUCCUCGGGGGUACCGCCGGCCUCCUCCGGAGCCGAUCCACCCCAGAUGUCCCACGUGCGCGAGAAGGCACGCUUGUGGAACAGCUUAUCGGCGAAAUCCGAACCCUCGUUGAAGCAACCGAACUACUAUCUCACCCAGGCGAAGCCCGUAUCGUCAUCGAAGUUCAAAACCAUGGAUACCGGAUACGGUGUAUGCCGUAGUGAAAGUCCGGCGAGGGAAGAAGCACUCGGCGCUGGGGAGGUUACCGAUCAGGUGCAGCGUUACGAGUCGCUGAUUCAGUUGACCGAUGAAGAGGAGGAGUUCGGGUAUAUGCGGGGUCGAAGCAUGAAGAUAGACUACAGCUACCACGAGCGUAGCAGGAGCGAACCACCGGUCGUGCAGACUGUGAUCGAAGAGGUGGUCCGUCCGGAUACCCCAAGGACACUUCUCGGCAGGAAAUCGGUUGAUUAUUCCCAGGCUACUAAGAGAUCUUCACGUUCCCCUUCGUGCAGACGAAUUCAGCACCUCAAGGGGGAGGGCAAUGUGCAGAAGAUAAUCCGGGCUCGCAGUCUCAGCACAACGGAUCGGAGCGAGCUACGCUCGGAUGAGUUGGUGCGGAGUCACUCGAUGAGUCUGACCAGCUACGAGAAACACGUCCCCGUGUGUAGACAUAAGCGGUCGGAUCGUUUCCAGGAUUUGAAUGACUUCUACAGCAGUUUGGAGCGCCUGGGGCAACUGGAGAGGGUGACUUCGUCGACCGAUCUGCGCACGCGGCGUCGGGAUGAGGAGAUAAUCGAUUUUGAUUUGUGGCGGAAGGUACGUGACCACGAGAAGGCUGAGCGGGAGAUGAAUCAGCUGCUGCACAGGUUGAAGCAGGAUCAGCGCGAGAAAGAUCUACUGUUUCUUCCCCAUGAUCCGGAUGAGGUACGCUGGAAGAGCGACUUGGACACGGGGCUGAGGAAUAAAGAGAAAUCGGUGGAGGAUUUGAAGGGGGAACUCAGCAAGAAGGUGCUACAUUUUGAGGAGUUCACCAAACGGGAACUGGAUACGAGGAAAGACCACUAUAAGCCUCUGUGGAGAGGGUCUUCGGUAGUGGACGUCGCUUCACAGAUGGCUGAAAAGUACAGUGCUUCCGAAGAAGGAUGGAAGAAGGGGCAGUUCCUUUCAUUGGAUUCGGACAAACGGUAUGGUAUCAGCAGUAAUUUGUUGAGCACGCUCUCGAGUGAUCAGAUGAAAAAGUUGAAGAGUCAACUUUGUGAGAUCUAUAGCAACAAGGAAGAAGUAGCGCGAACAGCCGCCAAGGAGCAAUGUGUUAUAACCGUUCCAGAGGAUAGAACGAAACUCGCCAGCAGUACGUUGAAGGUGCGCAGUAAUUCCGUGCUUACUAAGGGCCAAGUCAAGGAGGAUCAGUUAAAACUACGGGUGGAGAAAGAAAGCAAGGUUGCGGCCAUUCAGAAAGCUUUCGAGCAAAUAAACAAAAGAGAGGCAUUCUGCCAGGAACUGAAGAGCAAGAUUCUCGAGAAACAUGCCAGCCAUACACUGCCCAGUAUGAAGAAGAAGGAGCGACCUUCAAUUUUGUCGCAGAAAAAGGAAUACUUUUCCUUGGAAACAGAUUAUAGCAAGCAGCAGGGCGGGGAAAAGGUCGAGGAAUCCAGAGAUGAAGUUGUGAUGAGAAAAUCGAGAACUAUGGAAAGAGAGAGACCUCACUCCUACUGCGAAACUGAAAGCGUUUCAUCCGAAACUUCAAAUCGUACUGUCAUCUACAGGAACACCAGUGACGAUGUCAAGAGCAAGAUCAAAUACUUUGAAGAGAGACGCAAAGAGGAGACUCCUCCAGUGACGGUUUACCGCGCAAGAGAAUCGUCAACGGAUGAAGAUGAUACGUCCAAAGUAGUAGAGGAAAAAACUGAAGAAGUUGUGAUAGCUCAACGCUCCUCACCACUGCCCACUUCCCAAUCUUAUACCGAUUUGAAGGAUUUGUUCGGCGAAAAGCCAUCGUUGUCGAAUUCAUAUGGCCAACAAGGAGGCCGAAUAUCUCCAAGGAACUUCACAUUCCGUUCACGUAGUUCAACCCCGGAAUAUGCUACCUGUAUCCAGACUGGUGAGGUGAGAAAGAUCAAGGAUAAAUUCGAAAGCCUAGAUGUUAAUCUUGGCAGACACACGUCCGGAAACAACAGUCCAAGGCAGUAUCAGAGUGAUUCGGAACUGAAUCGGCCAUUCGGAGAGAGAGAAAUUGCGAAGGCCACCAGAAGGGUUACGGUGAAGCAGCAUGAAACGGGCGACGUAACAAGGAUGACCCACAAAUACGAGGUUCAGUCGAGGGCACGCAGCAGGAAGCGGAAAGAACGAGUCCAUUCACCGAUUCCAAAAAACCCGUUUCGCAGGGAUGAUCGUUUUAUGCCGCACAUCAACGUCAUCAGCAAAACGGCAUCCCUAAAGCAGGAGAUCAAAAGUACUCGUUCUCCGCAGCGUGAACGGACGACCAGCGGCUGCAGCAGCGGUGGAGAAGUUGAGAAGAUUAAAAGUAAGUUUGAAUCCGCGGAGAAUCUGUCUAUACUGGCGCACCAGUUCCCCAACCCCAAGGACAAUGCACGCUCGAUCACUGCACCCGACCAGUCACCUCCGGGACAGAAGCCUGGCCGCCGAAGCGACAAGCUGCGCUCCAGCUCAACAUCACCACCACGGCACAAGGACAAGCAGGACGGCACCGCUUUUCUUAAACAGUUCUAUGACAUCUUUGCCGACCAGAAGUUCGAUCCGAGCAUGCAUCGUCCGAAGCAUCGAUACAUACCGAACCGAGAGCUCGACGCAGAGUAUCUCUGGAAGAAGAUCCAAACGAUGACGGGCGGCAAUACCACCAAGGCUUCUGUUACCUUCGAAGAGUUUAGUACCGUGCCUCCACCGCCUCCCAUGAAAGGAAUUCAACUGCCUAACUCUUCCCCACCGCACUCGAAGAGCCCGAACGAACCAGAGUCUCCCCGUCGCUACAUCGAGAGCGAUGUCAACAUCCACUACAAGACGCCAAUCCGGUACGAGUACAAGGAAGCGAUCCCGGACGAAGAGCUAGCGUAUCGACAGGCGGAACACAUGCGACGCGUCUACCAGGAGGAGCGACGCCGCAAGUACAUGCACGAGCUAGAAGAUUUGCAGAACAGGCGCCACACGGACAAUUUUCCUCCGUCGCAGAAAUCUCCCAUCCCGCUGAACCGUUACGACGAUUUCGAUGCCGAUUUGUCGCCCAAGUCAACCAACACGCUGCCAAGAACGAUCGCAAGGGCUCUGUACAACUUCCAGGGACAGUCGGCGAGGGAACUCUCAUUCAAGAAGGGCGACAUCAUCUACCUGCGACGCCAGAUAGAUAAAAAUUGGUAUGAAGGUGAACACAACGCAAUGUUCGGGUUACUUCCAGCAAACUAUAUCGAAAUCCUCCCACGAGACGGUGCCAAACCUCUGCCGAAGAAGCCCCAGCGUGAGGGCAAGGCCAGGGCUAAAUUUAACUUUACCGCACAAACCUCCGUUGAGUUGUCGCUGAUGAAGGGUGAGCUUGUGACGCUGACCCGACGAGUCGAUGACAAUUGGUUCGAGGGUAGAAUUGGUAACAACAAAGGAAUCUUCCCGGUAUCGUACGUCGAGGUAUUAACGGACAUUGGUGGAGAGGAGAGCUACGAGAUCGAACCGAUCGUGAAACCUAGCCAUCACACGGUGCAAUCGCACACGCUCAGCACCGGAUACGACACCUCGAUAAACAAUGGAAGGGUUUCGCCGGGAAUAAUUCGCGAGACGAAAACGGUGCAGAAAACGGAAGUGCUGCAUGUGGACACUACCAAUGAACCUAUCUCCUAUCGUGCCCUGUACAACUACAAACCGCAGAACUCGGACGAGUUGGAGCUUGCCGAGGGGGACGUAGUCUACGUGCUGGAAAAAUGUGACGACGGAUGGUACGUGGGAACGUCGGCUCGUACCGGAUGCUUUGGAACCUUCCCGGGAAAUUACGUGAAGAAAUUAUGAGACAAACCCAAGUCGGCUGAAAAUCCUCCCCUUCCUCCCAUAAUGUCAUCAUCAUCAGUACAACAUCGUCGCCAACUGCAGCAUCAGCAGCACCAGCAACAUGAUCUCUCGGGAACAAUGCAACCGAAGAAGGGCGGACGCGAUGCGAUUUCUACGGGGAAACGCAAGGUUGAGUUCCUAGGCGUUUUCUAGACGCCUUGCUUGCCGAAACUACGAACUAGUACAACUUUGAUAGCGGAUAGAACCUUUCAAAACCUCUUUGCAGUUCUGGUAUACCAAAAACCAGCGUCGAAUCAAUGACCCUCUGUUCUGUCUAAACAGCCAUUUCAUUGCCAGUCUAUGGGAGGAAACCUAACAACCUAUUUAAGCGUAAGCGGAGACAGCAAAAAAAAGCAUACACCAAAAAAAAACAAAAACUGUAUAGCGGGAAAAGAAAAUAUUUGUUUGCUAGUCAUACCAGCCUUCCAAAAGUGUGUAAACGAGCGGAAAUUAUAUAAAAAUAUUGUUCUACAAAAUACUAUACUAAGCGUUGCGUUACAUUCAGUGUAUACAAUUAGUUUCAUUAAUAUCCUAACCACAAUCAAGCAUAAAAAAGAUAUUUGGUGAAUCGUGCCCAAACCCAAUAUUAGUGCAGGCACCAAGUUUCAUUUCAAUUGAAGGUUUAUUUACUAUGUUACAUUUUUUUUGUUCAUAUUCUUUAUUUUAUUUAUUUACGCGUUACCUUUUCUUAUAUUUACGAUUAACAGAAGCAAACAAAAUGAUGUAUAGAUUUGAUUUUGAUUUUACGAUAAACUUUUUAAAAAUACAUCACGGCGAGUUUGCGAUUGUUAACUGAAUUUUAAACGUGAAAUGUCUUUGACGCCAAAUCCUAAAUCACAAUGUUUCAGAUAUAAAAAAAAACUAUAUAUUGGCUAAAAUGUUUAGACUGUUUGCGUAAUAGGAAUGUGCCUUCAUUCGUUACUAGCAUCGGUGUCUUGGAAUUUAAAAAACAUACACUCUCCAGUUAAAAAUGUUUUAAUGUACAACUAGUAGGGAUUUCAAAAGUAUAGGAUCAAAAGGAUACAAUCUAUUUGCAUAAUUCCAGACGGAAACUUUGUAAUCAGAUAUGAAGCAGCUAAAGUACCAAAACGAGAAAGAAUAUUGCGUGUGAAAUUGUAGAACCGAUUAUAAAAAUGUGCCUACAGCCAGAUCCGAAUAAUUCGGCUGAUCCGGAAUGCUGAGAGAUACAAAACGGAAAAAUAUGAAUUUCGAGCUGAGCAGAAUUUCAUACUCAUAUAGAAAAAAAAAAUCAAAUCACACAAAUGUGUGUAACUUGUAGAACGUUUACUAUAUACUCGGCACAUUAGAGCAGAAUAAUUUCACCACAAUCACGUAUCCACAUAACACUUGAAUUCAAACUUAACACGCAGCAUAAUCGUUUUCGUAGGAAAUUAAAUUCACACAAACACACACACACACACACUCUGACUCUGACUCUGUUGAUGGAAUAAAGUUAGAUGAGACACAA